CCUGGGAGGCCCAUGUACCCUCUGGCCUCCCUUCUCUCAGGCCUGGCCAUUUUUGUCGGGCCUCCGCCUCUCUUUUCUCAGGGCCGGGCCGGGGAGAAGGCAGACCCUCCCUCCUCCAUCCCCAGGUGCCUCUCAAAAUAGGCCUUUGCCUAGCACCCCCACUUCCAGCUCCUCCUGGAAGAAGAUGCCCUUGCCUCUCCCCUGGUCCCCCAACCCGGCAGCCCAGGACAGCAGGGCCAGAGGAUGCUGCCUGCACCUGCACCUCCCGCUCCCUCCGCCCCAGAGCUCCCUGCUGGAGCCGGUGGAGCCGCAGCACAGCCCCAGGACCAGAGGCCUCUGCCGACCAGGGCCUACCCCUGCCCGUCCAAGAGGCAUGACUUCCUGUCAAUACCAAUGGAAAAAAUCAGGAUGGUGAUGUUUCUUUUGCACGUUAGCAAGUGAAUCUUCUCACUGAAUCUUCUCAACAACGCUUGGAAGUAGUGCCAUCCGUGCACCCACUGUACAGAUGAGCCAACUGAGGCUCAGCUGGUUUAAGGAGCUCUCCGGAAGUCACCGAGCUGCGCUAUAAUCGAGUCUGGAGGUGCCGGGGGAAUAACAAUACUAAAUUGAGAUUCAACGUGCAACUAGGUACCAGGCACCUCCGUGGUCUCUGGGACUAGAAACCCGAAGGGGACAGGCAGGAGACCUCAGGCCGGCUUCUCUGAAGGUGGAGGCAACUCCCUGGAACCACAUCCUCACCUUGUACAAGCAGUUUCAGAAACUGGCCAUGGCCAAGCUGCCUCUCGAGGAAGACUCACCUGACGACGAGGAGGAAGGGGAGGAAGAGGAAAUGGAGGAAGAGGACAGCUCAUUCAAGCUCUGCGUCCCAGUCCCCCUCCAGUCGCCACUGCAUAAGACAUUUAGGCCAAUCGACACAGUGGGUUUCGUGGAGUCAGAGUUAAAGAAGUUUCUGGAAGCACAGCAGGAGUCCCGCCUCCGCCUCCGGAAGAUGCGCAGCCUUGAGAGCCUGGAGCCACUGGUCCCAUCAGAGAUCACCCUGGAGAGCAUUCUGGGUGACCAGGGCCUGCUGCUCCAGGAGAUGGAUGCCCUGGGAAACUGGCCUCCACACUGGCCUCCGAGGGAGUGAGGGGUGCUGGCGAGUCUGCCCCGCCGGCCCGGACGGACCUGCACAGGGAGGCAGCCCCUCUCCUUAGGAAACAGCCCAGGAGCUCCGGGCCGGGUCCCGGGAUAAACGGUGGCCAUGCGUCUGCAGGGCGGCUGCCAGCAGACUGUCCCACAGUCGGACGUGGGCUGUGAGGUUAUGAAUAAAGCCCAGUUUGACUCCG